CUCCGGAGCUUCCUCCUCCCGAGCCAGCCCUGCCGCCGCCGAGCCGGACCCUCCGGGACGCAGGCGCUCGUCCGCGGGACCCACCGCCGCCGGCAGCUCCGCCAGCCAGUCCCCAGCAGCCCCUCGUCGGCUCCAGAAGGACUGGGCAGCCCCCGCCUCCCGCCUGUCCGAGCGCCGCGGCCACCUGCGAGCAGAUGGAGCUGGACCACAGGACGACUGGCGGCCUCCACGCCUACCCCGGGCCCCGCGGCGCGCCAGCGGCCAAGCCCAACGUGAUCCUGCAGAUCGGUAAGUGCCGAGCGGAGAUGCUGGAGCACGUGCGGAGGACCCACCGGCACCUGCUGGCCGAGGUGUCCAAGCAGGUGGAGCGGGAGCUGAAGGGGCUGCACCGGUCGGUGGGCAAGCUGGAGAGCAACCUGGACGGCUACGUGCCCACCGGCGACUCGCAGCGCUGGAAGAAGUCCAUCAAGGCCUGCCUGUGCCGCUGCCAGGAGACCAUCGCCAACCUGGAGCGCUGGGUCAAGCGGGAGAUGCACGUGUGGCGCGAGGUCUUCUACCGGCUGGAGAGGUGGGCCGACCGCCUGGAGUCUUCGGGCGGCAAGUACCCGGUGGGCAGCGAUCCCGCCCGCCACACCGUCUCCGUGGGUGUCGGGGGUCCCGAGAGCUACUGCCCGGAGGCUGACAACUAUGACUACACCGUCAGCCCCUAUGCCAUCACCCCGCCGCCGGCUGCGGGCGAGCUGCCCGGGCAGGAGGCCGUGGAGGCCCAGCAGUACCCGCCCUGGGGGCCGGGAGAGGAGGGGCAGUCGAGCCCUGGCGUGGACACGCAGAUCUUCGAGGACCCGAGGGAGUUCCUCAGCCACCUGGAGGAGUACCUGCGACAGGUGGGCGGCUCCGAGGAGUACUGGCUGUCUCAGAUCCAGAACCACAUGAACGGACCGGCCAAGAAGUGGUGGGAAUACAAGCAGGGCUCGGUGAAGAACUGGGUGGAGUUCAAGAAGGAAUUCCUGCAGUACAGCGAGGGCGCGCUGUCCCGAGAGGCCAUCCAGCGGGAGCUGGACCUGCCGCAGAAGCAGGGAGAGCCGCUGGACCAGUUCCUGUGGCGCAAGCGGGACCUGUACCAGACGCUGUAUGUGGACGCCGAGGAGGAGGAGAUUAUCCAGUACGUGGUGGGCACCCUGCAGCCCAAACUCAAGCGUUUCCUGCGCCCCCCGCUGCCCAAGACCCUGGAGCAGCUCAUCCAGAAGGGCAUGGAGGUGCAGGACGGCCUGGAGCAGGCGGCCGAGCCCGCCGGCCCCCGUCUGCCCGCUGAGGAGGAGAGGGAGGCCCUCACGCCGGCCCUCACCAACGAGUCCGUAGCCAGUGACCGGACCCAGCCCGAGUAGAGGGUGCCGGGCCCCCCUCCCCCGCCCGCCCACCGUGGCCUUUGCCCACCAGGACUUCCGAGCGGGCUGACCCCCACAGGGGGCGCCCUCGUCUUCACCCAGCUGGGCGCCCACCUUAGCCUCCUAGCCUGGCUUGAACAGACAUGUGUCGUCCAGAUGUGGGCAGUGUCCCCAAAACAGCAAAGGACCCCCUUUCCCUGGAGGGCCCUGCCCCUCACCCUCUCUCCGUCUGUCUUCCCUGACUCCGAGCCGGUGACCCCCCUCCAUACUCUCAGGCCAUGCCAGCUUCCUCAUUCUGCUCCAUGCCCCGGCCUCCUGGGCACCCGGAAACCAAGUGUCCCGAUGACCCAGGCCAAUAGGCACCGAGCUCAAGGGAAGCUCCAGAGCAGACGCUCAGGCAGAACCAGUGCCCCGGGAGCCUGGGCUUCGGGGAUUCCACCUCUCCUGGCAGUCUCCGCGCAGCCGGCUGGCACCCCUGCUGCCGCCCAGGGCGGCUGGCCAGCCUCGGGCAGCCUGGCUCCCUUGUCCUGGAGGAGAGCCGAAGCUGAAAAUGCAGCAGCAGCAGUGGCAGCCACAGACCUGGCAUCCUGGUGCCUCCUGGCCCCUCAGCGCCAGUGACUCACGCCAGCCUGGAGAGGGACCGAGCCCCGCUCCAUGUCUCACCCGUGGCAGGUGGAAGGUCCCACAGGGCCCGAGUCCUCAAACCGGCUGAGGCAGCAGCCGGCCCUCGGAGCCAGGAGAGUGACAACAGGUCUCUAGGCUCCUGCAGAGCCUUCGCUGCUGCGCCAGGCGCCGCCCUCUUCUCCCGCCGCAAGCUGCCUGCCCGGGAGAAGUCCGAGGCCACGAGAGGCGGGCGCCCCGCAGGGAGCUGGUGGCAAAGAUGAGCCAGCGUGAGGGCCAGGGCCUGCCACAUGCCCGCCCCGCCGGCCCCCACUGCCCGCCCCCAAGGCCCCUGCUGCUGGAGUUGAGUCGGCUACCCCGGCCCCGGUCUCGCUCCAGCCCCGGAACCCCAGCCCGCUGCGCGGCCAUCCUCUCCUGCCAGAGCUUUCCACGAGGCCGGGGGCUGAGGCCGCAGCCCCUGCCCCUGCCCGGUGGCCCCGAGCCCAGCCCCAGGAGGCCCCGGAGCCUUUGCUCCUGGGGCCCACAUGGGCGCCCUGCGGUGUCGCCCAGGCCCAGACCCCCGCCUCCCCUGGCACCAACACCCUGGUGCUGGCCGGCCGCUUGUGGCUGCAGCCUGAGCAGGCCCAGGUUGAGGGUUCGCCUUUCUGCCUGUCUACUGGGUGUUCCCAGAUUUGGGGGACUAUCUGCAGGUAACUCUGCCAGCUGCUCCAUCCCAUGCCCUGCCAGCCCCCCAGAUUUUAUUUUUGCACAUAAGCCAUAACCCAUACUCCUAGGCUGGCACAGGCUGCAGGGAGGCCCCGGGGCCUCAAGAGGGUGUGGCCAACUCCCUGUCCCCCCACAGAUCAAGCCUCGAGUGUCAGGCCAGGCUGUGUUCACCCCUGCCACCUUACUGAAGACAGACUCUUUUUGUAAGAUUUUGUUAAUAAAACACUGAAACUUC